AUUAUAAGAUACUUACCUUGAACCAUAGCUUUUAUCCUUUCUCCAGGCCAUUUUUGCUUUUUCAUCUCCUUCCUCUACAAUCUUGUUAGAUUGACAUAACAAUCCGCCUCCAAGCUUACCUUCAUCUUGUUGUAAGAAUUAAAAGCAUCCAAACCUAUUUAGCAAUCCCAUAGCAACGACACAAUUACACAAAGGGAAAAGGGUAAGGAGGGCAGGCAGCUAAAUUACAAUCAGUUGUGACCUUCACCGAUCUUUCCUCCACAUUGGUUCAUAUGUCUUUUACUUAACUCCAAUUUCCUUCUCUAUUACCCUACACCAACAAAUCAAAUCAAAAUACCUUUCUUUCAUUUAUCUCCCCAACUUAAUUUUUUGUUUUCCUUUUUUAACGUCAUUGUAACCGUACAUCUCCGCUUAAUGUUAUCUCGCACCCAUUGCAUUGCAUUGCACUGUAUCUAUCUCUACACAAACCAUACUCAUCAUCAUUGAAAGAGGGCUGCUGCACUGCACCAAAUACAUUUUCUGUCUCACUCACUCUCAUCUAUCAUAUAUAAACAAAUUAAAAACAUGGGUUUCUGGACAUUGUUCGAGGUUGCUUCCAUGCCUAUCUUGCAAGUACUUAUAAUCAGUUUGUUAGGCGCUUUCCUGGCGACUGAUUACUGCAAGCUUUUCCCAGAAGACACUCGCAGAUCCUUGAAUAAGCUUGUGUUCGUUGUGUUUACCCCCUCGCUCAUGUUUGCAAGUCUGGCCAAGACCGUCACGCUCCAAGACAUUAUUUCAUGGUGGUUUAUGCCUGUAAACAUGGGAAUCACCUUUCUAGUGGGAGGAAUAGUGGGAUGGUUUGUGGUUAAGAUACUGAGACCAAAGCCCCAUCUGGAAGGUCUUAUUAUUGCGACAUGUUCAGCUGGGAACGUGGGAAAUCUUCUCCUUAUACUUGUCCCUGCAGUCUGCAAUGAAGAUAGAAGCCCAUUUGGAAACCGUGAUGUUUGCAACUCAGUUGGACUCUCCUAUGCAUCUUUCUCCAUGGCGCUUGGUGGUUUCUACAUAUGGACAAUCAGUUACCAAAUGAUAAAAUCUUCAGCAGUGAAAUCCAAAGCACUUGAAGCAGCUGAGGAAUUCGUUUCAAAAGUAGAAGCCAACAACAACUUGGAUGCCACCGCCCAAUCUCAGCUUCUGAAAGAAAGAAACGAGGAAGGUGCUAUAACAACAGUGGCAACAAAGGAAGUUGAAGAUCCAGAGCAACAUGCAAUUGUAUCACAAGAAAGUAGACCAAAGCAAGAAGGGAAGGGAUUGUUGUGGGUUAACGUGGUGGCCUUUCUUCGUCAGAUCUUAAAAGAGCUGAUGGCGCCGCCGACACUUGGUGCAAUUGCGGGAUUCGUUUUUGGAGCGACGGUGUGGUUGAGAAAGCUUAUAAUAGGCGAGGGGGCUCCAUUACGAGUGAUGCAAGACUCAAUAAAACUGCUAGGAGAUGCAACAAUCCCUUGUAUCACCCUCAUAAUAGGAGGCAACUUGAUAGGAGGAUUAAGAUCGUCCAAAAUAAAACCAUUGGUAAUCGUAGGAGUAGUGUGUGCUCGAUACGUUGUACAGCCGGUUAUUGGUAUUUGGGUUGUUAAAGCUGCUGCCAAGCUUGGGCUCCUACCCUCCGACCCUUUGUUCAGCUACGUCUUGAUGCUUCAGUUUACUGUCCCACCUGCCUCCAAUAUUGGUACCAUGACCCAGUUGUUUGAUGUGGGUCAAGAGGAGUGUUCAGUUCUCUUCCUGUGGACAUACUUGGUUGCAGCUUUUGCACUCACUACUUGGUCAACAAUCUUUAUGUGGAUCUUGACCUGAUCAACACUCUUUCAUUUCAUGUUUCGACAUAAUAUAUAUAUAUCAUUUAAUUAGUAUAAUUAAAUGUUAGUAGUUAAUAUUAUAAAAUAUUAGUCUAAAUUAAAAGUGAUCUAAUGUGGUUAAAGAUUAUUGGAAUUCAAUUAAUAAAUAAAAUAUGGGUUAAAUA